UUAAACGAUAGAAACUGAGAACAUACACUGUACACACUUUGUUCUUCAUUAUCAAUAUAGAAUACUCCAUAUUUGCUUUGGCUGUUUGGCACACCUUCAACCAAAACAAACAUGGAUCUUUUCUUAGCCACCUUUUACUUCAUAACAUCUGCUCUUUUCUUGUUUUUAGUACUUGUUCUUGCUAUAAUUUUGAAAGUAUACUCCGGGAAGUCGAUUAGCAAUCCAAUUUAUCCUCCUGUGGAAGGGACAGUCUUCAGUGAAUUGUUUUACUUCAACACAUUAUAUGACUAUUUUACUGAAAUUGCCAGAAAACAUCCCACCUUUCGCAUUCUAACUCCUGACCAGAGUGAAAUUUACACAACAGAUGUCAGAAACAUCGAACAUAUUCUUAGAACAAAAUUUGACAACUACACAAAAGGCGAUCAUGACAAAGAUAUACUCGGAGAUCUGUUUGGGGAAGGAAUCUUUGCUGUUGAUGGAGAUAAGUGGAGGCAGCAGAGGAAGCUGUCGAGUGUCGAGUUUUCAACCAGGGUCCUCAGAGAUUUCAGUUGUGCUGUUUUCCGUAGAAGUGCUGCAAAACUUGUCAGGAUUAUUUCGCAGAUAUCAAAGGCAAAUAACAAUUUUGACAUCCAUGAUAUGUUAAUGAGGUGUACCUUAGAUUCUAUAUUCAAAGUUGGUUUUGGGGUUGACUUGAACUGCCUUGAAGGAUCAAGCAAGGAAGGAAUUGAAUUUAUGAAGGCCUUUGAUGAUGCUAAUGCAUUUGUGUACUGGCGAUAUGUUGAUCCUUUUUGGAAGCUUAAGCGAGCCCUUAACAUCAGUUCUGAGGCUAUGCUUAAGAAAAACAUCAAAGUCAUUGACGCAUUUGUAAAUGGAGUAAUCAGCACAAAGAAGAAACAACUGGCUGAACAACAAGAUUCUAAUGUGAAGGAAGAUAUACUAUAUAGAUUUCUAGAGGCAAGCAAGAAAGAUCCGGAUCAGAUGACUGAUCAAUAUCUGAGGGACAUUAUUCUGAACUUUAUGAUUGCUGGCAAAGAUACAACUGCAAAUACAAUCUCAUGGUUUCUUUACAUGCUUUGUAAGAAUCCAUUAAUACAGGAAAAGAUUUUCCAAGAAGUGAAUGAUUAUGUUGCUGGAACAGACAAUGAUUUCAAUAUCGAUGACUUUGUGGAUCAAAUUAGUGAUGAUAUACUAGAAAAGAUGCAUUAUCUUCAUGCUGCUCUUACAGAGACCCUGAGGCUUUAUCCAGGAGUUCCAGUGGAUGGGAGGACAGCGCUUGAAGAUGAUGUACUUCCAGAUGGUUACAAGGUUAUGAAGGGAGAAACCGUAAACUACUUGGCCUAUACUAUGGGAAGGAUGCCUUACAUAUGGGGAGAUGAUGCAGAGGAGUUUCGCCCUGAACGAUGGCUUGAUCAAAAUGGAGUUUUCCAACAAGAAUCACCCUUCAAAUUCAUAGCAUUUCAUGCGGGUCCACGGAUUUGUCUGGGAAAAGACUUUGCUUACAGACAAAUGAAGAUUGUCUCCAUUGCACUUCUUCGAUUCUUCCGCUUUAAGUUGGGGGAUGAGAGUCGAAAGGUUACUUAUAGAACUAUGCUUACACUUCACAUUGAUGGAGGUCUCCAUGUUUGCGCUUUGCCAAGGACAGAAAUUCGGUAAUGCAAGGAUUCUACUCAUGGUCAGCAGUAGCUAUACAACUGCAUAUCUGUUGAACAGAAUAAAGAACAAAUUUAGGACUUAAAAGAGUAGCUAUUCUUUUGGGGUUUUCUGCCCUUUUCUUCUGUAGUUUUAUUUCCUACAAUCCUCUUACUCGUACCUUUUGAACGUUAUUAUACCCCCCUUUCGGAUAAUAAUAGGAACGUGUACUAUUUAA